AUGAAGAGAACAUUAAGAGUUGAAAUAUUUGGGGAUAAUGUUAAACUUAAAGAUUUACCCAAAACAAAUGGUGGAAUAAAUUUGAUUGAUGAUAUUGGUAAAACAUCCAAUAAUGAAGAUGUAUUAAAGAAUGACCUUGAAAUAAAAAUGGUGAUUAAUAAUAAUAGAAGCAACAAUGUGAAAACUGUUAUUAAGGUUAAGCAAGCGAUGAAUGAAAUAAUGAUUUCCAAGAUGGUGAAUGAUGAAAUAAUAACAAGAAGAGGAUCGAAUUAUGCUAAGUUGAUUAGAUACGAUCAUGAAGCUAAAUCUGGAGGAAUUGACUGA